AUGACCGUGGCUAUAGCUGGACCCCCCUGGACGUGGAUGGUCGGUGUACUGAUCCCAGCCCUGAUUCUGGGGGUGACAGAGCAAAUUCUUGCAAAUGAUGUUCCUCCCUAAGGCAACCCCUCUGCCGUCGGGACCUCUGGGAGCAUCCAGGACCUCGGCCCUGGGGCCUGGGAGGACACCCGGGCGGAUGACAGCAGCAGCGGCCGCAUCAUGAAUGGGAUCGACUGCAAGAGGCACAGCCAACCGUGGCAGGGUGUCCUGUUGCUGAGACCCAACAAGCUCUACUGUGGGGCCGUAUGGGUGGCCCCGCAGUGGCUGCUCACGGCCGCCCACUGCCGAAAGCAAGUUUUCAGAAUCCGUUUUGGCCAUCGUUCCCUGUCACCCGUGUAUGAAUCCGGGCAGCAGCUGUUCCAGGGGAUCAAAUCCUUCCCCCACCCUGAAUCCUACCCUGGCCACACCAACAACCUCAUGCUCAUCAAACUGAACAAAAGAAUCAGUGAGACUCAGGAUGUCAGGCCCAUCAACAUCUCCUCCCAUUGUCCAUCUGCUGGGACCAGCUGCUUGGUGUCUGGCUGGGGAAUAACCAAGAGUGCCCAGGCUACCUUCCCCAAUGUCCUCCAGUGCUUGAAUAUCACGGUGCUAAGUGACGACAGGUGCAAGAAGGCCUAUCCAAAUCAAAUAGAUGCCACUAUGUUCUGUGCUGGUGACCAGGCAGGCAGAGACUCCUGCCAGGGUGAUUCCGGGGGCCCUGUGGUGUGCAAUGGUUCCCUCCAGGGCCUCGUGUCCUGGGGAGACUUUCCCUGCGCCCAGCCCAACAAACCCGGCGUCUAUAUCAACCUCUGCCGGUUCACCAGGUGGAUUCAGGACACGAUCCAGUCCAAUUCGUGA